AUGCAGCCCUACUAAGUUGUCGGUAAUAAAGCAGAACAGUUAAAGCAGCUGGGAGAACAAGGCGGCUUGCUGAUGCAGAUAGCCGAUGCUGAAAAAGGACCAUCUUUUCUUAGUCAAACAUGGAUUGAGAAAACAGUUAUACAUCGACAAUGAAAUACACGUCUUUGACAGCGACAUUUCCUUAUGCCUGGGAAGAUUUCAUCAAGGCCUUCUGGAAGAUGUUUCCAAACCCCUACAACCCUCAGGUUGUUGUGGAAGAUGUCCUGGAGCGUAACAUCCAAGAUGGCAAGCUUUACACGAAAAGAAUCCUCGUGAAAUCGUUCGCAAACUUCCCCAAAUGGGUGGAAACGCUGUUGCGGGGAGCUACCAGGACGUGCGUUAUAGAAGAAUCCAUCGUAGACGUGGAGAACAGAACGUUUGUGACGUAUGUUAGGAAUAUAACGCAGACGGCAGUGGUAGUGGAAGAAAGAUGCACAUACAAAUCCAGCACAACUUCCAACAGUGAGACGGAAUGUGACCGUCAAGCCUGGGCUACGUCAGGGCUGUGGGGUGUAGCGGCUGCGUUAGAAACCGUGGCGAUGCGAGAGUUCGUGAAAGAUACGGAGCUAACAAACAAAGGGCUGCUACUUACACUCCAAACUCUACACGGCCGUACUUGAAGUCUAAUAAUUGAAGUAAUUUAGUUGAAGGCAUUGGGGCAAAUCAUUACAUGAAAUGGAAUUUAAUCUGCGCUACCGCAUUUUGAAGUCCUGAGGACACGAAAUUCGUUUGUCUUUGUCUCAAGUUUUUACAUAACUCUUUGGGAAAGGCCAGAUAAGGCCUGGAUCUGUUAUUUUCCCUGUAAAAGGAGGGGGAGCAAUCUUUUUGUACCAAGCUGUCUCUGAUAUGUGAUUACAUACUACUGAUUAAUCAGGUUUAUUCCCGAGUACAUCAAAGUAUCCCAAGUGUGGUAAAAAUACUGGAAUCCAUAUGCU